CUUAUAAACCAGCAGUAAGAUAUAAGAAUUUCUUAAUGCUUUAGAUGGAGUAUGAAAAGCCGUUAAAUAAGGAGGAAGAAAAGGAUGAAAUACUAAGAAAAGACGAAGAAGAGACAAUUGGCUGUAUAAAUAAAGAUAUUUUAAAAAACGAGGGAGAAGAGGGGAGUCUAGAGGAGGUAGAAGGAGAAAGUGAAGAAGAAAAACUAAUUGAGGAGGCGAAUGAAUAUAAAUUUAAAGGGAAUGAAUUAUUUUAUCAAGAAUUUUUUGAUGAAGCUAUUAUAUCAUAUCAACAUGCUCUUGAUAUAUCACCAUUAAGAGCAAAACAUGAACGAUCUAUUUAUUAUGGAAAUAUUGCAGAAUGUUAUAUACGGAAGGGAUUAUGGAAGGAGGCAGUAGAGGCAUGUACAAAUGCAUUGAAGGAAGAACCGGAAUACAUAAAGGCGUUACAUAGAAGAGCUAAAGCUAAUGAAAAAAUUGGUACAUGGCGUUCUCUUGAAGCAGCACUACUUGACUAUGAAGACAUGAAAAAAAGUCUUCUAGAAAGUUCACCAAUACAUAAAUCUAUUAAAGAGUCUAUUUCAAGAAUCAAACCUAUGCUAUCAGAAGUUCAAGAAAGAGAAAAAACACAAAUGCUUAAUAAAUUAAAAGAUUUAGGUAAUAAUAUACUUGGAAAAUUUGGCCUAUCAACAGACAACUUCAAAGCAGUUCAAGAUCCACAAACAGGAAAUUAUUCAAUAUCAUUUCAAAAAUAAGAUUUGUAAUAAUAAUAAUCAAAAAAAUUUAACAAUUUAUAUCUAC